AUGAAAUACUCACUACUCUGGUCAGCCACACUUGUGCUUCUGUCAUCAGGUCUCUGUCAUGGAGCUGGUUUCGUCACUGUUGACGUCCUUCACGGGAUAACAGGAGGGAGCGUGACCUUCACAACAUCUGUGAAACCGACCGCAGAGCCGUUCCUGGCACUGACCUGGGGCUUCAACGGCACCACCAAUGUGAUCACUUCCACCACUGCGGACGUUGUGGGACAAGGCUACGAGAACCGGGUUGAAGUGAAUAAAUCCACUGGAUCUCUGGUGCUGAGACAUCUGACAGAGAAAGACAGCGGAGAAUACGAGUUGAUGAUCAUCCCAAAUGGAGGAGAGCAGAUUCAAGGAACUGCCAAGCUGGAAGUAUUGAAUGGACCUGACAGACCGAUAAUCGAUCAGACGCCAAUCGAAGCAGAGAUGGAGGAGAGGGUCACUCUGAGGUGCUCUGCUGACUCGCUGCCAAGGGCGACUUACUACUGGAGAUUCAAACACAUGCUGAUAUACGGGCCUGUGCACUUCAUCCACGAGAUGGAAGAGAGGCACCUGGGGAAGUACACCUGCACCGCCCAAAACUCUGUCACUGGUCUGGAGACCUCUGAGGUCCACAAACUGCAUGGUACUUGAGCUCUCUUUCUCUCUUUCACAUGCCCUGCAUCUGUUUGUAGAGUAAUGUCUUUCUUUUUCUGAUCCAGACUCAUCCACUACCAUCAGUGGGUCUAUUUCCACAAUGGUUUGCACUGUCCUGAGCUUGGUGGGACUCAUGUUGAU